AAAGCGUGGGCCCGUGGUUGGUGUGUGAGAUGUGGCAGUCAAGUGCAUGUGAUAAACUUGUUUUUAUUAAGACCAGUGGCUAGCGGUAACUUAUGGGCUCUGCUUUAGUGGGGGCUCGUUCGGAAUAAUUAAACUACGGCGAUGUAUAUCAUAUCACCGCUUUUCGCUUUGUAGAUUUCAUACUUGUUUGUGUUUUGUCUAGUGCAUUUUUUUAGGCAACCAUUCCUUGGUUCACACUGAAAUAUCACGCUUUAUCUGUUUAAAUCAUUUUUACAUAAAGCGUUUAUGUAACUCUUAAAAAAAAGCUCAUUUGCACGAACCCCCGUAUUGUGAGAUGUAAGUUAGUGAGAAUAAUGCCCUGUGUUUACUGCGUAAACUAGGAAAGAAAUAAAGAUUUGUAGACGCCACCGUGUGUUCCCUCCAAAAGGGGGAGGGUUCGUGUUUUCCUGACGGUUUACCAAUUCAUCGGUCCAAAGUGACUGUACUUACCUGCCAGGAAACUGUGCUUCGAGACAGAAAGCAGUAGUUUAACAUAUUUAACACGUGUACAGCCCUCGCUUACAUUACACGAGCGUUGCAUUUAUUGUAACCGACACGGCAGCUUAUUUCAAAAUGUCUCUGUAGUUCUAUAACUCUUAUAUCCUGGUCUAAGUGUGGAUAAACCCACUCUAAACUAAAAUAACUACCAUACCCCCAUUUAGUCUGCGCCUUCGACAGUUCAUAUGAUUUUAUCGCAGAUGUCACCCUAAAACAGAUUCGCUGGAUCAACCUAACAGUUUCUGUAACCCCACCCAGUUUGUGAUCGACCGCUGAUUGGUCGUCAGUCUAGUUGUGAGCGUUUUAACAUUCCAUUCUGCGCUUCUAAUUGGCCACCGGUGACGACAAUCCCACACCCAACUCCCACCCACCGAGACAUCAAGUUUGUAAGACUCGCAAUAGCUAGUUUGUUAAGAGGCUAUAGCUGAAUGUGCAGCAAAGACUCUCAAGUCUAACUGCGCUCUUUGGUUUAAAUACUCAUUUAGAGUUCAGUAAGAUGGAUAUGAAAAAGAGAAUUCAUCUGGAGUUGCGGAACCGGACGCCGUCAGACGUGAAAGAGCUUGUGCUCGACAACUGUCGGUCAAAUGAGGGCAAAAUCGAGGGCCUCACUGAUGAGUUUGAGGAACUGGAAUUUUUAAGCACAAUCAACGUAGGCUUAACAUCAGUCGCCAAUUUGCCCAAGCUAAACAAACUCAAAAAGCUUGAGCUUAGCGAUAACAGAAUCUCAGGGGGUCUGGAGGUCCUGGCAGAGAAGUGUCCCAACCUCACCCAUCUCAACCUCAGCGGCAACAAAAUUAAAGACCUCAGCACCAUCGAACCCCUGAAAAAAUUGGAGAGCCUCAAAAGUUUAGACUUGUUCAACUGUGAGGUGACAAACCUGAACGACUACAGAGAAAAUGUUUUCAAGCUGCUCCCUCAGUUGACGUAUCUCGACGGCUAUGACAAAGAGGAUAAAGAAGCGCCCGACUCUGACGCCGAAGCUUAUGUCGAAGGCCUAGACGACGAUGAGGACGAUGAAGACGAGGGAGAAGAGGAGGAGUAUGAUGAAGAUGCAGCUCCAGGAGAUGAAGAUGAGGAAGAGGGAGAGGAGGAUGACGAGGAAGAGGGAGAAGAGGAGGAAGAAGAGGACAUCAGCGGAGAGGAGGAGGAGGAGGAAGAGUUAAAUGACGGCGAGGUAGAUGAUGAGGAAGACGUUGAGGAAGAGCGGGGUCAGAAGAGGAAAAGAGAGCUGGAUGAGGAAGGGGAGGAAGAUGAUGACUGAACAUGCACUCCCCCCAUUGUGAUCGGAGCGUUUAACCCCUGUAUAUCUGUCCUAUUGUCACUCUGCGAUGGUUUGGGGAGGUAUUCAAAUGGUAGGGGGUGGGUUAGUAUAAACGAGGACACCGUUUAAAUAUUUGUUUUUAGCUUUUUUGUUGUUGAUGUUGUUGUUGUUUUCUUAUGGUUUGGUUUGUACUUUCAGUUUGAUUCCCUUCAUUUUCUCCGAAAGCUCUUCAAAUGGCUGACAACACAGUGUGGAAAAUUAUCAUUGUUGAAAAAAAAAAAAAAGACCAGUAUGCUCUUGUAAUUUUUCCCUUGUCUUUACUGUUGAUGCCUAAAUGCUGGUGAUGACUUGUGUAUUAAAAAAGAAAAAAAACAAACAACCAAAAACCUUUUAGGAGUGCAUGGCUGACUCUCUAUUUUAAAGUUGACUACUGGAUUUCAAGGAAGAACAUUUUCUAACCCACUUUUUUAUUGCAUCUUUGUGUAAUUAGUUUCUUUGGUGUUUUCAUCAUCAUCACCCGCGCCGUGUGACGUGCUGUUAAGGCAUGAAGAACACACCAUGAUGUCUGCUUGGACAUGCAGAGUUCAACCUCUCAAUGUGAUUUUUAUUUUAUUUUUUAAUGUUCAGAGCCGAAUGUCUGCCCUUGUCAGAUGAGCCCUAAACCCCUUCUCCCUUUUGUGUGGAUAGUUUCAGAGGCUUUGUGUUCUUUGUAAAUAAUGACCAAAUAUAUUUUUUUCUGAUUCCCUUUGAUAAUGGCAGACAUUUUCACAAAUAAUCUCAGUUGUAACCAUUAACUGUAAUAAAAUGAAUGAAAACGCAA